AUGCCUUCCCAACCAGUAAGAAUGAUCCUCUACCAAUGCACUCACGAGCUACCUGAUCCGAGAUACCAAGCUCCCAAAAAGCCCUCGGUUCUAAAGAGAGUGAAGCGAGCUCUCACAUUCACGGAGAUCAUUCGCACACCCUCUGCAGAUUUGUGUCCGUUCUGUCAGAGACUGGAGGACGAAUAA